AUGCGCCGCUUGAACUUCUGUGAUCGAUGGAUCAAGUGGAUCGAUGGUUGUUUAUCUUUGACCUCGGUAUCGGUAUUGGUGAAUGGGAGCCCAGGUGAUGAAUUUCUCAUGAAAAGAGGAAUUAGACAAGGAGAUCCUUUGGCACCUUUCCUCUUCCUGAUUGUGGCGGAAGGAUUAACGGGCCUAGUAAGGAGGGCAAUGAUUUUGAACAAAUUAAAUGGCGUGAAGGUGGGUGAGAAGGAAAAGGAAGAAGUGGCAAUUCUUCAAUUCGCGGAUGACACGCUCCUAAUGGGGGAUGCAUCAUUACAGAACAUCCUCUCUUUGAAAUCCAUUCUUCGCUGUUUUGAAUUAACCUCGGGUUUAAAAGUCAAUUUUCUCAAGACUUGUUGUAUGGGAAUCAAUGUACCUGUUGAUGUUCUGCGAAUGUUCGCAACCAUUCUGAACUGUAGAAUUGGAAACCUCCCUCUUACCUAUCUUGGCAUUCCAAUUGGUGGAAAUCCCAGAAGGGCGACUCUUUGGCAACCGGUGUUGGAUCGCUUGAGAAAGAAGCUAUCCUCCUGGAAACAAAAGACCCAUUCUUUUGGAGGUCUUCAACGAAAGAUUGGGUGCGGGAACACGGUGAGGUUUUGGAAAGAUGAAUGGUGUGGGAAUGGACUUCUGAAAAUUGGCUUUAGCAAACUUUUUCACCUCUCAAUUCAGAAGAAUUGCACUUUGAUGGACAUGGUUCAGUGGGUUAAUGGGCAUUUAAACUGGAACUUUAAGUGGAGAAGGACUCUUAGCAUGCGCGAAGACCUGAUGGUGGAAGAACUUAGAAGGACUAUUAGGGGAUUGCAAGUGCAAUUGCAUAAUGGGAUAUCUGAUUCUUGGUUGUGGACCUUGGAACCAACUGGUACUUUCACAGUUCAUUCAGCUUACAAUUUAAUCAAAGGUUUCCCCUCUGAGAAUGUGGAUCCGAUCUUCAAACUGAUUUGGGGGUCUAGAGCCCCAUCCAAUGUGUGUGUUUUUGCCUGGAGAUUGUUAUUGGACAGAUUGCCAACCAAAUCAAAACUGCUACAGCGAAGAGCCCUACCUGUAGAUGCUGAUUUGAAUUGUAUUUUCUGUAUGCAGGAAACUGAAACAGCAAACCACCUAUUUGUGAGAUGUCCUUUUACUCUCAGUUUGUGGACUAGAUGUUAUAGAUGGUUUGGAGGUCUAUUAGCGACUCCGGGAAAUUGCAGAGAUCUCCUACUGCAAUUUAUCUGGCCAGGAUUAUCAUCGAAACAAAAUGUAGCUUUCAGAAUGAUUUGGUUUGCGAUGAAUUGGUCAUUGUGGAUGCAUAGGAACGGGAUAAUUUUUAAUGGGGGAGAGCUGCUGCAACAAGAUGAACUCUUUGACAGGGCACAAAUCCGUGUAUGGCAUUGGCUUUCUGGGAGGGCAACAGGAUUCCAUUGUUCUCUAUAUGAAUGGAUCUCACAACCCAUUCUAUGUCUCCAAGCGGUGCAUUAG